AAACUGUCUGUCUGUGUGUGUGUGUGUGUCCAGCCUUGAGUCUCCUCCAAGUGCACCCACAGACACUUACAUUGGCCAAAAAUGUUUAGCCCGGCUCAUCUCAGAACGCCGCACCCUCUUCAAGUUCUCUCAGAAAGGUAUACAUCUUCAUCCAUAAGCUUCACGAAAUUCAAAAGCCUCAUGAACACCAUCUUAGUCUCCCACAUGUGCCGAAUCAUUCGUGCACUCUCCAAAGUCAAGAACAUUAUCCUCGAUAUUCUCAAGAAGAACCAGGCCAUCCACGAUAAAAAGCAGAAGAUAAUAUUAGGUUCCUUCAGGCUUCACUAUAACUGGUGUUCAUCCAAGCCUUCUCACGUCUUGCCAGUCCCAGCACGGGUCUUCAACGGCUUGCCUUCCAACCAUUCGAGCCACGAUUCGAGUUGGAGAAGUGUGAUUUCAGAGGCAGAGCAACAAGACCUGCACAUUUCUUAUGACGAUUCGGAAGAGCUCGCAGGGUAUCUUCAGUGGCUGGAGGAGAAAGUUCAGGAUAAGGGUACGGAUGUGCAGGAAAUUAAAGAGGAUAUUGAUAUGCUAGCAGAAAUGUUCAUUGAGAGCUGUCACGAGAAGUUUAGGUUGGAGAAGCAGGAGUCCGACAGGAGGUUUCAAGAAAUGUUGGCCAGGAGCAUGUAAAAAUAAGAAACACAGACAAAAGGUGAUUAUUGGGGAUCCUUUUACUGUUUCGCAUGUUCAGUUUCUUUUGCUUUUCCCGUUCAAUUUCAGUUUUCUAAUUACUAUCAUGGGGGGAACUUAAUCAUCUUCUGGAGUCAUAUCUCUGUGCCUUUUGCUUUAUUGUGACUUCCCAAAAGAGGAACAAGGUGUUUGCAGAA